AUGGAGCCUUUAGCUCUGAAGCUGGAAAUACUCAAAGGCCCCCGAAAGGGCGAAACCCUAGAGUACCGACCCGGAUCCAAGAUCCGAAUCGGCCGGGUCGUCCGCGGCAACAACCUCCCCAUCAAAGACUCCGGCAUCUCCACCAACCACCUCGUCAUCGACUCCGAAUCGGGUCAAUGGAUGGUCCGAGACCUCGACUCCUCCAACGGAACCAUAGUCAACGACACCGCGCUCAACCCGAACACGCCGUUCGAGCUCAGCGACGGCGACGAAAUCAAGAUCGGGGAGUACACCUCGAUCUCCGUGAAGAUCGACGGCCACGAAGAAGCGAGCAAACUGAGAAGGAAUCCGAGGCGCGCCGCCGUGGGAAAGGUGGGUGCGGCGGCGGCGAAUCGCGGCCGGAGAGGUAGGGUUGGGGCGGAGAGUGAAGUAGUUCAAGUAGAAGUGAAAUCGGAGAAUCAUGAGGAAAUCGGUGGAGGAGAAGAUAGGGUUCUGGCCAGGAGAGGUAGAGUGAGGAAGAAGAAUGAGGUGGAGUCUGAUUUGGAGGAAAUCGAGGUGGUGGAGAAGCCGAAGAGGGGCAGUGGCCGGCCGAAGAAAGCUACGGUUUUGAAGAGUGAGGAGGAUGUGGUGGAGGAGGUUGCUGUGCCGGAAGUGAGUUCUAGAGCAGCUACAAGGUCUAAGAAUGUGGUUCUGGAAUCGGAGAAUUGCAGUGUAGAGUGUGAGCAAGUGAAGAUCGAACCUAAGAGGCGUGGUAGGAAGAGGAAGAAUGUGCAAGAAGAGCAGCUGGUGUGUGAGAAAGGUAAUGCUGUUGCGGUAGAGAAGGAUUUGGGAGUAGCUGUGCUGGUUGGUGUUAGUUGCGAUAAUGAUGUUAAGGGUGAUGUCCCGGAGCAGAAGGAUUCAGGAGAAAUUGGCCCGGUCAAUGAUGGUGAUGCUAACAGGUUGAAUUUGGGGAAUGAACGUAAGAGGCGUGGUAGGAAUAGGAAUAAUGAGCAACAAGAACAGCUAGUGUGUGAGACAGGUAAUGCUGUUGUUUCGGAGCAGAAGAAUUUGGGAGAAAUUGGUCCAGUUGAUGAUGAUGAUGAUAAGGGGUUGAAUUUGGGGGAUGAGAGGCAUGAAGAGGCAGCAGGUGGUUUUGAUGUGGGAGAGAAUGUCAUUGAUAACGAGAAGGCAAAAGAGUCCAAUGAAGAGGCAGCCAUUGACUGUAAUGUUGGAGAGGGUGGCGAUAUGGUUGAAAGUGGUAGUAGGAGCUGUUCUGGUGCUAGUAGUUCUAAGGAUGUUGAUAAAAAGGGGAGUGGUUCUGGUAUUAAAGAAGGUUUGGGAAAGGUUUGGCAGGAGGAGCCAGAUUUGGAGAAGAUGACUUUGGAUGAUUGGUUUGAUUAUGUGGAAGUUUCUUGGCCAAAAGUGGUAAAUGAUGAGAUUGACAAGAUUUGUGCCGGAAUGAGAGAGAAAGCUAGGCUAGUCCAGGAGUAUAUAGCACAACACAAGAAGGUGAAGGUUCAAAGUUAA